AUGGCGGACAACAAGCGCAAUAGCGUUGCGGGCAAGGUUGCGACUCCGAACCUAAAAGCCGGCCCUGGAUCGAACAAAGAUGUCAUUGGCGCCGAUUCCGAUCUGUACAAGGCUGUUGGGUCACGCAUCAAAGUAACAUGUGCCCCUGGCAAGAACGUCCUCGAGGGCACCCUCUUCACGGCCUGCAACCUCACCCACGCUAUAGCCAUCAACACCGCGCCCGCUCCACCGAACCCCUCUGCCUCCAUCUUCAGUCAGCCCGGCGACUAUCACAUCAUCCCAUUCGCACACAUCGAGUCAUUCGAGAUCAUCGGCACAGGAGAGCGGGCAGCUGAAUCCGCAGCAGGGUUCGAUGGCGCACUCCCCAGCAUCUCUAAGGUGGAUCUGGCCGCGCUGCAAGCCCGCGAAGACCAGACCAUCCGCGAGAUGAAGAAGAAGGAUAUGCAGAAGGGCAAGGGUGUUAGUGCUGAAGCACAGGAGUUGUUCGAUGCUAUUUCGAGAACUCUACCUACCCGGUGGGCAGACACACAGAUUGUCGUUAGCGACUCCGUCCUUAUUCAAGCCCCAUACACGCUCGACAGCAUCAGAGCACCCGCCGAUAAAGUCCAGGCCGAGAACCACGUUCGCAAGGUCGUUGAACGCUUCUACCAGCGUAAGAAGGGCGCGUCUGCGGGAGGAGUAGCUCGCGCUCCGGUGGCUGUGCCCAACGCCCCUAGGAAGGGAGGUUAG